UAUGGACUGGCACACGGUGCGGCUAGGGUUUGUAUUUUAUCUCACUUCCCUUUCUUUCUCCACUGUGUAAGCCAUAGCUUCUGCUUUGCUUCGGUUCCUUCUCCAAAACCCUAAUCUUGCCAAUGGAGAACCAGUUACGGAGCAAUUAGGUUAGGGUUUCGACCAUUUGUGCCCUAUCUCAAAGAAAACGCUCCAUUUUUUCUAAGAAAUGGCGUCCACAAACCCUUUCGAUCUCCUUGGAGAUGAUGAUAACGACGAUCCUUCACUUCUCCUCGCUGCUGCUCAAAAGCAGCAGCAACAGAAGAGUGAUGGGAAAAAGGGUGGGGCCCCUGCAACUUCAGGAGCUCCUGCUUCUCAACAAGCUCCGGCCAAGCUCCCUUCUAAGCCUCUUCCCCCAUCUCAAGCUGUGAGGGAGGCGAAAGAUGAUUCUUCAGCCGGGCGAGGUGGCGGCCGAGGUGUGGGACGCGGUCUGGGCCGUGGGGUUGGGCGUGGUGGUGGUCGUGGUGGUGGUGGCUUCAAUAGGGAGUUCAAUAACAAUGGGACCAACACAUACUCAAAUGGUUCUUCAGGGGGGGUUAUCCCAAGCGAAGAGGGAGAUGGAGGAAAACCUUCAUCUGAUAGGCCACGUGGUGGCUAUAGUGGGCCGCGGCCUCCAUACCGUGGCGGGCGUCGUGGAGGCUUUGGAAAUGGUGUUGUCGGUGACUCGGAAAGGCCACGGAGACAGUUUGAGCGCCGUAGUGGAACUGGACGUGGUAAUGAGACUAAGCGUGAAGGUGCUGGUCGUGGCAAUUGGGGAACUCCAACAGAUGAUGGAUUUGCUGUCCAGGAGUCUGAGGCCGUUGCAAAUGUGGAAGAGAAAAACCCAACCCCUGAGAAGCAACCAGAGCAAGAAGAUGGUGUUGAUGCUGGCAAGGAAAAGGAAAAUGCAGUUAAUGAACCGGAGGAAAAGGAACCUGAGGAUAAGGAGAUGACUUUAGAAGAAUAUGAGAAAGUACGAGAGGAGAAGCGAAAAGCGCUUCUUGCAAUGAAGCCUGAAGAGAGGAAAGUUGAUGUAGACAAGGAGUUCAAAUCGAUGCAACAACUUUCACUCAAGAAGGGAAAUGAUGAUAUUUUCAUAAAGUUGGGAUCUGACAAAGACUCUAACAGAAGAAAAGACAGUGCUGAAAAGGAUGAAAGGGUUAAAAAGUCUCUGAGCAUCAACGAGUUCUUGAAGCCUGCUGAAGGGGAAAAGUACUAUAGUCCCGGAGGUCGAGGUCGUGGCCGUGGCCGUGGUGAUCGUGGAGGAUAUAGAGGAGGCUAUACUGGUUCUAGUGCAAAUGUUGCCCUUGCUCCUAGUAUUGAAGAUCCAGGACAAUUCCCUACAUUAGGUGGGAAGUAGAAGUCCUGUGCCACUGAAUGCUUGCUUCUCUCUUUUCUUCAGGGUUUUCCAAUCGCAAAGAGUUGAUGCCAGGAUCCAGCAGAAUAAUGAGGUUUCCUGUAUCUAAGACAUUUUUAAUUUUUAAAGAUGUAUAUUUCGGUGUCACCUUUGUUUUUCACGUUGUAUGCUUGUUGUUGUUUGGACUUAUUUAUCAAUUUUGAUCAUGCAUCAUCUUACUUUCUCAAUGGAAAACAUCUUGCUCUA